AUAUUAGUGUGUGAUAUUUUCGGGUCAUUGCUGAAAAGUCGAUUAGACAUUUGGAAUGCCUAUUUUUGAGACCGUGUUGCUUUAGUUUGUUAUUUAUAUUUGGAAAAUAGUUUUUAUCAUACACAUGUUGUAUUGAUAUCGAUGGGAUGCGUAUAGCUUUGUUAUUGGUACUUUAGCAGCAAUGUGUGUCACUUGGAUUCCCUACUGUUGCGCACACCGCUGCGAAUCAAGUUUAGUUACGCGUUAGAGGGGAUUUUACACGAUAUGUUGUUAUUUGGCAAUUACUAGCUCAUGGAGUUUUUUCUUGUCGUCCAUGUCUGGACGCGUGUCUCUGGCGACGAUGUGUCGAUGUAUGGAGACACAACGGUGACGUCUAGACUUUCAUAUGGUCGAGAUCACUGUGUACGAGCGUAUAUGAUAAAAGUUUGAGAUAUAUGUGAUUUGGAUUUGAUUCUGAGGGUUACGAUAGCCCUUGCAGCGUGGCGCCUGUAUGUGUACGCGAAUACUCCGUCUGUGCCUUCAUCUUUGUACACAACGGUAUAGGUUAACAUUACUUGGCAUAAUAUGGCAAUACUUCUAGAGUUCGCUUGCCAUACUAGAUCAAUAUAUCGACUGUGGAAUAUUGACUAUAUCCGUUGGAUGCAAUUUUCUUUUUUUGUUAUUUCUGUAGCUUGAUAUGGAAAUACCAACUGGCAGAUCUUUGGUAAAGCCAAUGGAGGUCGUGGCUAGGCUUUUGAUGUACCAUGCGGGUCCAACUGAGCUUGUUGACUUUGAGAAGUGCGCCUAUUCUGAGGACACUAUAAAGAUAAAAACUGAGAGCAGUCCUACUUCUGACGCCAGUCCUGAGGACAGUUCCUAUGUUUACAUUAUACAGAAUGGGCGUAAGUUGCACACAAUCGCUGAGCGCAAUCUCCUUGAGGGAUAUUUGGAACGAUAUCCCUUAUCUAUGGUCCUUGCAAAGCUUGUAUGGUCGGACAAGGGUUGCUUUUUAUUAAAUCCUGACAUUGAACGCCCCUCAGAAGUUAUUUACGAUUGUUACAAGGUGAUUAACUCUCAUCUUUACCGCCGUGCUUUUGGUUGCAGGGCUGCUCGUAAGCGCAUGGCUCAUGCUUUGAAGGAGGGUGACCGUAUUGUUAUGGGUCGUGCUUCACUAUUGGUACGUCAUUUAGCUCGCAAGCCUGCCAAUUCACUUUCUUACAUCCACGACUUGAUGACUUCAGACGAUCCACAGAGCCCUGAGGGUGGUGUAUCUGAUGUUCCAUGUGUUUCCGCGGCUGAGUCAAAAUCCGAUUCUCAGGAAGCUGCUUCUUCGGUUUCCACUGAUGGAAGCUCGGCGGCUCCCACUGACCAGGAUUUGCGUUUUUGUCGUAUCUGUCUUGAGGAUGAGGCUUCUGGUCCUCUGGUUGUACCUUGCCGGUGCAAGGGUUCUAUGAAGUAUGUACACCUUGGGUGCAUUCGUACCUGGGUACAAGGUCGUUUAAAAAUAAAGGACGAUGAAGGCCGGCUACAACUAACAUAUUUUUUGCAGAAUUUGACAUGUGAAUUGUGCGGUAUUCCAUAUCCUUCUUACCUAGAUGUCGAGAGUGUAUGGACCGAGUUCCUGGGCAUAGAGGAGCCUUCUCCGCCGUAUGUUAUCCUUGAGCCUGAGCACAGCAAUAAUGUUGGUCUCCACGUUGCCAGUUUGGCAACCCAGCCAGUGAACAUUGGGCGCAGCGGUGACUCCGGGAUCAUUCUCCAUGACAUAUCAGUUUCACGUAUUCAUGCUACUUUGCACUUUAGCGAGGGCCACUUCGUCAUCGAGGACCGCAGCAGCAAGUUCGGGACUAUAUUACACAUUGGCAAUACAUUCAGGAUACCUAUCGAGCGUGGCGAGCCCGUUGCUAUUAAGAUUGGCACAGACGUGUUAUGCAUUGAGGCUCGCCCGGAACGUUUAGGCCUGUCAGCGAUGUGCUGCUUCUCCUACAAUCCUAAUUCCGUUAGGGUUGUUCUAUAGGGUGGAACGGUGAAUUACAUCUUUAGAAUGCAGUCAGUGCACAAUGCCUCUCACCCAAAUUGGUGAGCGUUAAAUGGCGCAACGUACGUGUAAUUAUC